AUGCUAUCUCAAUUAGGAUUCAGUGACAAGUGGAGGAAGCUGAUUAUGGUGUGUGUGGAAUCUGUUUCUUACUCAGUAGUGGUGAAUGGGACACCUGGAGUUGUAUUUCGACCUACAAGAGGAUUAAGGCAAGGGGACCCUCUUUCCCCUUACCUUUUCCUGCUUUGUGCAGAAGGACUAAGCUCUCUUUUAAAGGAUGCUGAAGUAAAGGGUCUCAUUAAAGGAGUAGCAGUCACAAGGGGGGGCAAAAGAAUAAAUCACCUUUUGUUUGUUGAUGAUUGUGUGAUGUUCUGUAGAUCCAAGUUAGAAGAAUGGAAAGGAAGUCAUGAUCAAAAGUGUUUUGCAAGCCAUACCAGCAUACACAAUGAGUGUAUUCAAGAUGCCGAGUAUGCUUCUCAAAUAAAUAGAGUCUAUGAUUGCCAAAUUCUGGUAGAAUCACAGAAAGGAAGGAAGGGGCAUUCAUUGGAAGAGCUAGAACAAACUUGGAACAACAAAGGAGCUCUCUUAGCCAAGCAAGGAUGGAGAAUUAUACAAGAACCUGCUUCAUUGGUGGCUCAAGUUUUCAAAGAGAAAUACUUCAAGUCAGGCAACCUAAUGGAGGCACGAGUAGGCUACUGCCCAUCACAAAUAUGGAGGAGCUUAAUGUCAGUAAUGGAUCUGAUAAAGACAGGGCUAGUGUGGAGAGUUGGCAAUGGAAGAAGCAUUAAAAUAUGGAAAGACAAGUGGGUGCCUAUACCUUCUACAUUUCAAAUUCAAACACCAAACAAGAUACUGGACUGUAAUGCAACUGUUAGUGAGCUCAUUGAAGAUGGAAGCAAAACCUGGAAACAAGAACUGGUGCAAGCAAUCUUCAGUCAAGAGGAAGCCAAGAGUAUUUGCAGCAUUCCUAUUAGUGUAAAAGGGAUGGGUGACAAAACAAUAUGGGGACUGUCAGAAAAAGGGAUAUUUACAGUAAAGAGUGCCUAUCAUGCAGACUUGGGGAUUAAGAACCAAAAUAUGGGAGAAACAUCCAGUGGAGAUCAAAGUAAAGGGCUAUGGGGGAGGCUGUGCAGAUUAACAAGCUCAGGUAAGGUGAAACUAUUCCUAUGGAAGGCUCUCAAUGGAAUACUUCCCAUGAGGAGUAUCCUCUUCAAGAGAAGGGUCAUUGAUAACUCAACAUGUCCUAUGUGUAGCAGAGAGGAAGAAACAGACAUAUAUGUGCUUUGGGAUUGCCCUGCAAUAGUAGAUGUAUGGGGCGAGGACUGUAGUCCAGUCAGAAAAUGGGGAAGGAACUUUGGUGACUUCACAACAUUGUGGUCUGAGCUCCAGUCUAAGUUAGAGGAAGGAAAGCUCCACAUAGUAGCUGAGGUGCUUUAUGGCCUGUGGAGGAGAAGGAAUGCUAUGGUUUUUGAAGGAAAAUUCAAGGGGCCAUGCGUGUUGAUCCAGCAGGCAGUGAAAGAUGCAGAGGCAGCCACAUUGGCUCAUGAAAAACCAAGAGAGAAUCAAACAAGGCCAGUAGAGGUAGUGAGAACCGUGUGGAAACCUCCAAGCCAAGACUAUCUGAAGGUGAAUGUGGAUGCAGAAGUGGAUUCAAAAAGAGGAAAGUUGGAGGGUGAUGAAAAAGUGGUAGUGGAAGCAAUCAACUCUAGAUCUUUCAACUCAUCGUGGGAUGGACAGGUGAUAGAGGACAUCAAGGCUGCAGUGCAUGCCCAACCUGGGUGGUCUGUAGCUUUUGUGAGGAGAGAGGGCAAUAGUGCAGCACAUGUAGCUCUAUCCUUAGAUACUGAAGGUGUGUGGGUGGAGGAGGUACCAAGUGAGGUCCUUCCAGCCAUUGUAUCGGGCUUAACGACAGUUUAA